UUUCUUCUCUCUCUCUCUCUUCCUUUUCUUGAGAAAGGAGAGGAGAAUAGCUCGAGAGCGCUUUUUUUUCAUCCGGGUUUUGUGGUAUAAUCCUUCAUCUUAUUGUUAAGAUUCUUUCAGAUCGAUCAAGGUCUUUCAUUUUUAUACGUCUGGGUUUCAGUAUAGUUGUACGGAAAUUCAUACGAGUCAUAAUGCAAGGGCAAAGGGGUACUCUCCCUUCCUUGCCUGAAACCCUCUUUGAUCAUAGUUCUACAUCUACUAAUGCUGCUAUUGAACAGCAGGUUUACUGGAAUAAUAUUCAAGAUCCUAUGGAAAAUAGAUUGCCUAAUUGUUUGAUGGCAUCUGAUGACAUGAACAUUGGAUAUGUGAGCCCUAUUGGUCGAGAAGAGCAGCUGGGUAGAUGGAGCUUGGGAGAGCCUAGCUCUAGUGGAAUGCAAAAUGAGGUCGGGUAUAAUGAGCGGAAAACAGAUCAUGGAUGGUCAUUGUCUAUGGGUGCUUCAGCAAAUGUUGGUCCGAGGUUAGACGGGCGGAGGUACGAACAGAACUCUGUAUUUAUGCAAAGUUCCAAUUCUGAUACUGUUCCUGAGAAUCAAAGGUUAAAUGCUGGAUUAGUUGGUCAUGGUGAUAAUAACUGUCAAGUUACAGAAUGGUCUAACAUUUAUAAGCCUAGUGGAUCCGAAAAUGAGCAGAGUUCUCUGGGUGCUGGCCCUGAAGCAUUUCUACUUGCUUCCGGAAGUGCUGGGUAUGUUGUGGAUGAUAGUGAUAGCAGACCUGGUUGCUCAUAUGAGGAUCGUCGUACGUCAUGCAAAAGAAAGGCUGUGGAAGGAAAUGUUGGGCAGUCCUCUUCGAGUGGAAGUUCUGGCUACUAUAAUAUAGCAGAAAUUGGUGCGUGGCAUGGUGUUUCUGCUAACUAUAUUGCUGGAAGCAAUGUGAAUAUGUCUCCCCCCUCAAGACAGGCGCAUCCUAGACUUGGAUUAGACAUCAGAGGAUCAACAUCUGAUAGCAUUCCCGAACGAAUUGUUUUACCACCAACUGCAGAGAACUCACACGGGAAUUUCCGACUGAGAAUAAAUCCUUCUAGUCUACAAGAACCUAUUGCUCGUCCGCUACUUUCUACAGGUGAUAUAGUCCGUCAGUCUGUUACUUUCUUUGCACCUCAGUCGUCAAGACUUCUUCCAACUGAUCAUUCUCUGGACUUAAGUUCGGCACGAGUGGUACAUUAUGCAAGUUCUGAAAACCCGAAUGUUGUAAUUAAUGUCCCAACUUUGCUUCAAAAUGGAGGUUCUGGCUCGAGAACUUGGUAUUCAUCAAAUUCUAACCUAUCUGCUGAUAGAGAUGUACCACGAGAAAGACAUCAAUCAAGAAGUGCCAGAAACCUAUUAGAUCAUCGUAUGUUGAUUCCUGCACCAGAAUUAAGAACUUUAGUUGGAAAUCCUGGUUUGAGCAGUGGAAGUAUAAGUCCUCCUGGAAAUGUUGCUUCUGCUUCCCGUGCUGGUUCAAAUUCUGGUGUCAAUGCAACGUCCGCAUCUACUGGGAUUCCUCAUCCCAGUUCCUCUUCGCAAUAUCCACGAAGGUUGUCAGAACUUGUUUGUCAGCCGUUAAUGUCUUCCCUUGGCACUGAAUCUGGAGGCCAGAGCAAUCAUUCCUCACUUCCUUGUCAACCUACUGCCUCUCCAGAAGAGAUGAUGCUUUCCUCUCGAGUAAGUAAUCAGGCUCUCCAUCGUUCAUAUCCUAGGUCAUUUCCAUGGGUGGAGAGACAAGAUGCUGGUUUGGUUGGAGUUCCGCACUCGUUGCGAACUUUAGCUUUUGCCACUGAAGGAAGAAGCAGGCUUGUUGCAUCUGAGAUUCGCAAUGUCUUGGAUCUCAUGCGUAGAGGGGAGAACUUGCGGUUUGAGGAUGUUAUGAUCCUUGAUCAAUCAGUACUUUUAGGGGUAGCUGAUAUUCAUGAUCGGCAUAGGGAUAUGCGGCUCGAUGUUGAUAACAUGUCAUAUGAGGAGUUAUUGGCUCUGGAAGAACGCAUUGGUAACGUAAGCACAGGGUUGAGUGAAGAAACCAUAUUAAAACGUCUGAAACAACGAAAGAACUCUGGUGCAUCAGGAGCUCAGUUAGAGGCCGAACCGUGUUGUGUGUGUCAGGAAGAAUAUAAUGAUGGAGAAGAUAUCGGGACACUGGAAUGUGGCCACGACUUCCAUGCUGAUUGCAUUAAACAAUGGCUGAUGCACAAAAACUUGUGCCCCAUUUGUAAGAUAUCAGGUCUGACCAAAUGAGAGACUGGUUGUUUUCAGGCAAUUAGUUCUUCCUCAGGUCAGAGAAAAAAUCCGACAUCGAAUUUUUGUGGCUUGGCUUCUGCAAUUCAUUGAAACUAGAUGCCUUCAAGUGCGUCGUAUGCAGCCAACGGUUUUCGUUCGUAGAUAAUCAAUCCAUGGCGACUUCGGCAAUAAAUUUUACUUCCCAGUUAUGUCAAAAAGAGGCUAUCUUUCUGGGUAGAUGACACAAAUGUCUGAAGAAUUGGGAACAACAAAGCUUAGUUUCAACAUUUUUCAUUUUCUAGUAGUUUUAUGUAUGAAUCAUCCGCCCA